CUGGAGUUUAGCGAAGGAGUUCAUUGACGUUUUUUCUUUCUUCUUCUUUCCAUCUUAACGGUAACUAGGGUUAGGGUUCCGGAACUGAUAGUAGAAAAUGCAGCAGCGAUCACAGAUUCUGAGCCCUCCUAUAAACGUAACCACUGAGCAGAUUCAAAGGUACCUGGACGAGAAUACACAGUUGAUUAUGGUGAUACUGGAAAAUCAAAGACUCGGCAAAUUUUCUGAGUGCACUUCGUAUCAAGCACAGCUACAGCAGAACUUAAUGUACCUUGCAAGUAUUGCAGAUGCCCAACCACAAGAAAAAACACAGCAGGAGCAACCUCAGUCAACCGAGCAAGCACAGUAUCUGCAGCCUAGUUCGGUUCCAAUAUCUCAACAACAUGGGUCUAAUGGUCAGCAGCAGCAAAAUCAGCCGUACUUUCUUCAAAGACAGCAACAGGUUCAAGGUCAGACUGGAACAGCCGGGAGACCUAUAGCACCCAGCGGCAUUUAUCAGAGCAUGCAGUCUGGAUAUAGAAAUGAUUUUGGUAAUCUUCGAGGGAGUAAACAAGACAGGAUUCAGGCUGCCUCUUUGGACAGCUAUGGGAAGCCAUCUUGAGGACAACAGCUAUGAUAAUGAUGUGAGGGGUUAACCGAUGAAGCUAAUGGAACAGAGUUAGCAAUGUUUCAAAUUUCUUUUAGAAACAAGCUGUUGAAUUGUUUUGG